CGUCACGCUUACGCUUUUUCCAUCUUGCAGUGAGAAGGAGGAAGCGUGGUAGUUUCCGACUUUGACAGUGCGCAACAGCACUGUUUGUUCUUUGAAUCAACUACGUUUACUCCGCUCAGUGCUGUCGAAACCAUGUCGGCCCUUUUCGCCCGCCGACACGAGGCCCACUCUGCCGGUAGCUCUUUAAGGACCCGGCUCUUCGCUACUUCUGCGUUGCUGCCAAUCUUUUCGGGUCCUUCGCUAUCAUCAUUCACCACCUCUUUUGCAGUUGCGAAAACCGUUCAACAGCGUCGAGCGCAGAAACACGCGUCCGCAGCCGCAGCUACCGCCGACGACCCACGCACGCCCUACUACGGGAUCUACAGUAGCGGCGGCGGUGCGAUCUACGUCACCGCAGCAGACAAGGACACCCAGGGGAACAGCAAAGAAAACACGGAUAAGACGGUGUUUCCGGAAAAAGCAGGAGAGCUGGAUUCCACAAAGGAUAUGUGGGUGUGGCUAGGAGCCGGGGGCGGGAGCAGUUGGGCGCUUCACGACACAAUUUACGGAAUUUCGUUCGAAAAUGGCGGGAAGCUGCUGAAAGGUAUAGAAGAAAUUGAACAAAAUCGCUCAUGUUGGUUCUCCAUUUCCAUGUGAACUACCCGGCAAACUCAUGGCAUGAGUAGCUUAUCGAACCAAAUCUCUCCUUUCACUCAAGGUCAAACCGGCGACUUGCAGCGCGACCCCACCGAUGAAACGAAACAGCACAGCAUGCAGGCCCACGGGGAUCUGAGUGUGACGCUGAAGGACGACGGCAGUGCCGAAAUGGACAUUGGCGGCACGGGUUUUGGGGAAAAAUGGGUGAAGGCCGCACCCGCGGCGGGAACCAGUACCGGUUCACUUGCAGCGUCAUCUUCAGAAAAGCAAACGGGGCAACGAACGAAACCCGUCACCGCGGCAGCUUCAACCACUUCUUGCGACCAGAAUCCGCUAGUUGUUUUCGCCAUGGGCUGCUUUUGGUGUGCGGAGGAGGCAAUGCGGGAAGUUUUCAGCUCCGAUCCGUGUGUCGCUUCCACCAUCAAAUCGGGCCUGGUGGGGCCAACGCCGGCAGGCGGGGGCGAAGUUACGUACGCGAACCAUUUGUCGCUGCCGGAAAAGUAUUUUAGUAUUUAUUUGCGAAUAUUGACUGGUGUUUGCUUUCGCUGGUGUUUGCUUUCGCUGGUGUUUGCUUUCGCAGCUAUGCUUUGAGUUGCAUAACGGGUUGCCUAAGAUUGAAUGUCACAUCCGAGCGCACCCGCACCUACUGCAAGACUCCCCCUGCCAUGAUGAGUUUCCUCCUUCCAUCACAGGUACAUCGAAGCGGUCCAGUUCCGCACCUCCACCCCUUACACGCCCGACGUCCUGUACGCUUUCUGGACCAACAUCGACCCCCUCGACGGCUCCGGCCAGUUCCAGAACAAGGGCGAAUCCUACGUCAGCGGCGUGUACGCGCAGUCAGCAGAACAAAAAACCGCGGCCGAAACUUCGCUCGGCCAGGUCGCGACCGCUAUCAAAUGCAAAAAUGCCUGGGUCUGGAAGAGUGCAAGUUUGUCAUGCUUGUCUGGCAUGACUCGAGAAUCUGUGUUCCAUAGGCACGAAAAAGCCCUCUUAUCUGUCAUGCAAAAACGCAGUUUGCCAUGCGGAAUACGUAAGACAUGGUAGCCAAAAUACAAUUUGUCAUGCAUAGCUGCGUAUUGCAGUGCGUCUAUCAUUCACUUUUAGCAUUACAAGUUUCCAGACAUAUUUGCAAUCCAUAACCGCGCUUUCAAAGCAACCCGCCGACAUCAAAACCUUCAUCGUCGAGAUGGCCUCGACCGACAAGUUCCACCCGGUCGAAGCCUUAUGCACUGCAAAAAUGUCUGGGUCUGGAAGAAUCCAAACUUGGCAUGCAAAUUCUGGACUACGCAAGAAUUUGUGUUGCAUGAAAGCCAAAAGCUGUCCACUUUUCGCUAUGCAAAUAGGAAGUUUCUCAUGCAGAAUAGGCAUCGGGAGACCUGAACAAAACUUGUAUUGCUCUUGCGCGCAUUCCAGAGCAUCUGUAUGAUCCAAAAGAUGCAUGACAAACUUGCAAAACCUUGUUCCAGACCCAGACAUAUUUGCACUUGAUAAGCCUCGCAGCAGAACUACUUCGGCCAGAACCCGGACCAGAAGCCCGGCCAGGAGGCGCCGCGGACGAUGAGGCUGAACGAGCUGUGGACGCAGGGGGUUACGGACGCACUGAAGUCGGCGAUGGGAAUGACCACUACGUCUGCAGGGGUUGCGUUGCGCGGAAACAAGACCACCGGUGGUGGUCCACUACUAGAAGCGACUGUGGACAUCGACAGCGCGGCGCGUGGGGCCGAGGAUGCUGUGGCGGAAGCGACGCCGGAAAGCGCAUUUCUCUCCUGUCCGGGAUGCAGCGGCGCGGAAAAGCCCGAACAAAAACCCGCGACGGCGACAGCAGCUGCGGCGAAAGAUGAGCACUCUUCGACCAAUCAUGCCGACACCGUGGUGAUGUCGUGAAGCAGGUUUUUCGGGGAUUUGUGACGCGGAACGAAAAGAGAGGGAGUAAACGAAAAAAAAUUUGUUCGACAAAUUCGUGUUGAACUCAGUUUCAGUAGCAGUUGCCAGAUAUUGACUUCAUUCUGACCUUUUCUGUUGUUAUUGACAGGACGCUGACGCAGCACGCCUUAUAUAUGUUGCGCGGUAGUUUGACCGUAAGUCUGACGUUCAAGUUUCAGGAUGCUGGAGCCCCCUGCCACCUAUGUUUGAUGUAUGCUUUGAGAAGAGAGCAUCAGAAUACGAAGUAGUAGACUUAAUAAAUUGAACCAUUGUAUACUUGCUGCGAGGGGGAGGGCAUCGGUAUCCUUAUUGCGAGGGCAUCGGAAAUAUCGGACUCCGAUGCCACCAGCCGAACAACAACAAUCGAAAUUAAUGUACAGAAAACUAGAUGGGGCACGAGGAUAACCAAAGGAAACUACGGCACUAUUCUUGUACAGAUGAAAAGAACCUCCCCGCCAUUGGAUGUAAGUAGACAUAGAAAGCUUUGCUUCUAUCUCAAAGGGUGAGAAUUCGACGCGAUUCUGGACUACCCCC